CGUUGUGAUGCGUCUCACGCGACAGAACCCAUAAAGAUUAAAACACUGUGUGAAAAGUUUGUAGUCUCGCUGUGAAAAUGGGACAAUUUGCAGUCAUUUCGAUUGCUAUAGCAGCACUUUCGGUGCUGCUCGGAGAAAGGGUUCUCAAUAUUAGCAAAAGGCACCUCAUUUUCAGGGAGGUGGGCAACAAACAUCUGCCCAACUGCGUUGCGCUCAAAAACAUAGAACAUGGCUCGGAGGACAUAACCUUUAUUGGAGAUGGCCUUGCCUUUAUCAGCGCUGGCCUCAAAUUUCCUGGACUCCCAUCCUCGGAUGAGCCUGGAAAAAUCUACACCCUUGAUCUCAAAGAUCCUAAUCUGAAACCGGUGGAGCUGCGUAUGCCAAGGAACUUUGAUUUGGAGUCAUUCAACCCGCAUGGCAUCAGUGUAUACACAGAUCCAAGUGAUGAUACGAUCUAUUUGUUCGUUGUUAAUCAUCCUCAGUUUGAAAGCCAAAUUGAGAUCUUCAAAUAUGUGGCAGAUGGUUCUUCCCUAGUGCAUCUUAAAACCAUAAAGCACGAGCUACUGCACAGUGUGAAUGAUGUUGUUGCAGUAGGGGUAGAGAGUUUUUAUGCCACCAACGAUCACUACUUCUCUAACUAUCUCCUGAAAACACUGGAGAUUUUUUUGCUUAUGCCUUGGACCAAUGUAGUGUUCUACAGUCCGAAGGAAGUGAAAGUAGUCUCUGAUGGCUAUCACUUUGCUAAUGGCAUCAAUAUGUCUCCAGACCAAAGGUACAUAUAUGUGGCAAACAUAUUUAACCACAGUGUGAAUGUAUUGGAGAAGAAAAAAGACAACACACUGACACCAAUAAAGUCUGUGCCUUUGGGUUCACUUUGUGACAACAUCGAAGUGGAUCCUGAAACCGGCGACCUUUGGCUGGGUUGUCACAUCAAUACAAAGAAGCUUUUCCUGUUUGAUCCCAAAGAUCCUCCAGGCUCAGAGGUCAUCCGCAUCCAGAACAUUCUCUCAGAUGAACCCGUGGUGACCCAGGUGUAUACAGAUGAUGGCAAUGUGCUCAGUGGCUCUUCGGUGGCAACUGUUUACGGGGACAAGCUGCUCAUAGGGACCGUGUUUCAUAAAGCAUUGUGUUGUGAUUUAAAAUAGGCAGGUGGAGGUGAUUAACCUCUCAACUGUCACACCUCAAAGCAUUUACAUUUUAGUCAAUGGUUCCAUGAGGACAGUGAUGUCCUCAUACAGAUUAAAGAGGUUAAAUAAUGAAGUUUAGUCAAUAAAAUGGAAAUCAGGACAUACCUCUGUGGUUAGACAGGGCAGUGAUGAUUUUAAUGGUGAUCUGCUGCAGGGUUUGCUUCUUCUAAAGUCUUCUGAAAAUAUACUUGGAAGGAUCUGAUGACAGAAAACCUCUCCAAUGCGGUGCUUACUGAGCCACACAGCUGAAAAAAAAUGAAAAAAAUCAUAUUUACAAGUGAA